AUGGCAGACAAGGAAGCUACCGUUUAUAUUGUUGAUGUGGGGAGGUCAAUGGGGGAGUGUCGAAAUGGCCGCUCCGUUACCGAUCUUGACUGGGCUAUGCAAUAUGUUUGGGAUCGCAUCACCACCACCGUCUCUACAGGUCGCAAGACUGCCACGGUAGGAGUGGUUGCCCUGCGGUCCGAUGAGACUAGAAACGAUCUCCAGGAGGACGAUAGUUUCGAAAACAUUUCCGUUCUUUUUGAGAUUGGACAGGUUCUCAUGCCUGACAUUCGAAAACUGCGAGAUGCAAUCAAGCCCAGUCGUACCUACAAGGGCGAUGCUCUCUCUUCCAUUGUGAUUGCCAUCCAAAUGAUCAGCACUUAUUGCAAGAAGCUUAAGUACAAACGGGAAAUCGUGCUCGUGACGAAUGGUACGGGUUUAAUCAACAGUGAGGACCUGGAGCCAAUCAAGGAUAAGAUCAAAGAGGAUAAUAUCAAGUUGACUGUCCUUGGCCCUGACUUUGAUGAUGCGGAUUGGGGGGUGAAAGAAGAAGAUAAGGGCGAGCGCAAGGCUGCGAAUGAAAAACUGCUUCGGGAUUUUGUCGAAGACUGUCCAAAUGGCGCCUUCGGCACCCUUGACCAAGCUGUCUCCCAAUUAGACAUCCCUCGUCCAAAAGAGACAAGAAGUAUGCCAUCAUUCAAAGGUUUCCUUUCGCUUGGCGAUGCAGAGAACUAUGAAACGGCGCUCCGCAUCCCUGUCGAACGAUAUUUCAGAACUUACAGUGCCAAACCUCCAACGUCCAGCUCUUUCGCCCUGCGAUAUGGCGAUGAGCCAGGACAAGGAGAAUCAGGGCCCGCUACUACCAAAGCGGAUCAGCUAAAAUCUCUAGUACGGGAUACCAAAAAAGAUGCAUUAACCACCGUCCGAACUUCCCGAACAUAUCAGAUUGAUGACGAAUCUGUCCCCGGUGGGAAGGCCGAUGUGGAGCGCGAUGACCUUGCUAAGGGAUAUGAGUAUGGACGCACGGCUGUGCAUAUCAGCCAGACAGACGAGAAUAUUACAACAUUGGAAACCUUUGCGGGUCUAGAGAUUAUUGGUUUCGUCGCAGAUGACAAGUACGAUCGGUACCUGCACAUCUCCAACGUCAAUGUGAUCAUCCCACAGAAAGCUCACGAUAAAGCCACUCUUGCGUUAUCAUCGCUUAUCCAUGCACUUUGGGAAUCAGAUAGCUAUGCCGUUGCUCGACUAGUUACCAAGGAGGCCAAGCCACCCAUGCUCGUACUUCUCGCCCCGUCAAUCGAAUCAGAUUAUGAGUGCCUUUUGGAAGUUCAGCUUCCAUUCGCAGAAGAUGUGCGAUCAUAUCGAUUCCCGCCCUUGGACAAGGUCGUCACCGUGUCCGGGAAGAUUGUCACUGAGCACCGCAACCUGCCAAGCACCAGCUUACAGCAGGCAAUGGAUGAGUAUGUAGACAGUAUGGAGCUAGACUUGAAGGAUGACGACGGAGAUCUAAUCGAAGGGCUCCCGAUUGAGCACUCUUUCUCUCCACAGCUGCAUCGCAUUGAAGCCGCGGUGCGAUGGCGCGCUGUGCAUCCCGAUGACCCUGUCCGCGAAGUAUCAGAGCAACUUACUAGAUUCUCUCGUCCUGAUGAGGGCUUAGUGAACAAGUCCAAGAAGCAAUUAGAGAAACUCAUCUCCGCAGCAGAUGUCAAGAAAGUCCCACCCAAAACAAAAGGCCGCAAACGCAACCGCGAAACAGAGAAACCCCUCUCCGGUCUCGAUGUCGAUGCUCUCCUCAACCUGGAACCUAAACGCGCCAAGAUCUCCUCAGAAAACGCCAUACCUGAAUUUAAGCAGCUGCUUUCGCGUGCCGAUAACGUCGAGGCUAUUCUUGAUGCUGUAGAGCAGAUGGGCACUAUUAUCGAAAAUCAGAUCAAGCAUAGUCUUGGCGAUGCUAAUUACGAUCGGGUUAUCGAGGGACUGGGAACUAUUCGUGAGGAGCUGAUCGAAUAUGAAGAGCCGGCGGCUUACAAUGAGCUUCUACGGGGUCUGAAGAAGAAGAUUCUUGCCGAUGAGCUUGGUGGGGAUCGAAAAGAACUGUGGUGGCUUCUUCGGAAGAGUAAAUUGGGGCUUAUUGAUCAGAGUGUGUCAGAGAGGUCUGAAGUCACGGAGGAUGAAGCGAAUGAGUUCUUGUCUGCUGCCUAA